AUGAAAAACCACAAAGACGUCUAUGCAAUCGACUGCCCCGUCUGCGCGAUCAAAGCACGCAUGGUCAACCCAGACCGCAAUCCCACAUGCGGCCACAUAGACUACCCUGCCGACCGCCUCAUCGACCUCAUACUGAAGUAUACUCCCCGGGGUCCGCACCCAGUCUGGAACAGGUCAGAGGAAGUUGCUAUUUGCAGCGUCAUCUCAGCAUGGUGCGGCAGAUCCGAAAGGCGUCGGUUUAUGAGCUUGCGGCUCUGCGUUGCAUGCUACGAAAAGCACGUUGGCCCUUCCUUCUCCGACGGAUGGCUGCUCAAUUCGGCUUUGCCUGAUGCGGAUGCCCUUGGAUUCUGGGAUAAGCGGCCAGGGGGCGUCAACUGA